AUGCAGGCUUCAGUGAGCCCUCCGGAGGCCGGCAGUGGAUUUGCGGCCCGACGAGGCCAUGUGCCUCAGCUGUCGAUUAGCGAUCCAAGCCACCAUGUCACGGAGGCCAUCGGGCACAUGUACGAGGACGAUUACGAUAAGCGGGAAUCUCGACGUCUCAGUUACAUCUCUUCUCCGUUGAGCGAAGCCAUAUCGAUUGUUCCUCAGAACAGGGCAGGCGAACCAACGUCCCCACAGUCAUUGCGGGUUCCAGAUGAUUCUGAUGGUGGUAAUCCCCGGCUGCCCAAUGGCCACUCGGCUUCAAAGGCCCGGACGAAAUCAUCGGAUGAAGGCCCGACGUCUCCAGGAGCUGCGGACACUGCAACUACGUCCUUUCCCCUGAACGACAUCGAUUAUGAAUCCGACCCGGCAGCGGUGGCACAGGAACUCAACAACCUUGCUGCCAUCCGGCGGAUGUCAAUGGACGUUACUGCUACUGGCGAUCCUGACCUACCGAGUUUCAACUUUCCUGUUCCAUCAAUAGCGCCCUCACCAUCAGCCGAUGAAAACGAUACUUCGCGAUUAUUUUGGGUUCCUGCCCGCCUACACCCGGAGCUGGCUCCGAAGGAGUUCAAAUCAUUUCUUGAGAGCAAAUCGGAACACAUAAAGCGCAGGUCAGGCGAAUUUUCGUCGUUGAGCCCUGAACGUCAGAAUUCGAACAGCUCGCUUACUCGGAAACGAUCUAUGCUAUCCAAGCAAAUUGACAACGGACAAGGGUACACAGACGGUGCGGAGCGGCUGGAGCGGAAGCGGUCCCAGAGUCGAGACCCUCAGCUCCCGAAUCUGCAAGAAAUUGAGCAUAUAGUGGGCGAGUCGACGCCAAAAUCUCCGAGUGCCGCCUCUCUAUUGGAAACCGUUCAGGCACUCAACAUCUCGCCCGAGGAUGAUCGGCCGAUUCUACCCCCCGCGCCGCCAGGUCACAGUCUCAGACGAUCCACGAGGACUCAAUAUCGGAAAGCAGGUAGCUUAAGAAAGGGUGAACGGCCAUCCUACGCGAGAAGAACCGGUCGGGCCUCCGAAUCGAACGAUGCGGUGGACUCGCUUGUUGGCCCGUCUAGCAAGGAACCGACAUUAGGCUUGACUCGAGUGUCAACUGACCCAACACCUAGCGCUACGCGCUCCCAAGCCUUGGCUAAGUCUCAGGGCUUGGACGCGGGCGCUGCAUUUGACUCGCUAUUGGAAGACUCACAACCUGCAAAAGAAGGAUCUACAGGACAGCCGUUGACAGACUCUGGAAAUCGCGUGAACGCCUCCCACCAACCUCGCCAGUGGAACUCCCGCACCGAUUCGAACGAACAAUCUAUCCGUCCGAUACAGGACCAGAAGGUUCCAGAGCUUGUUGAAACUCCUCCGCCCGAGGUUCAGAUUCAUGCGACUCUACCACAAAGUUCACAGAAGAGCAACAUCCCGAUUCGUGUCUCGAGCCAUGACCCUCCCAAACAUGACAAACGUCCCCCAGUUUCUCGCACUCACUCAUCACAUCCCAAAGAAUCCGCGUCGACAUUGAGUGAAUUCGCUAGUAAUCCUCAGGCACUACCGGGCAACACCACGCGGACAGAUAAUCUUUCCUUCAUUCCAACUUUGCCAGAAGACCGGAAAUCCGAAUCCAAAAAAUCCAAGGAUAAAAAGGAUUCCGAAGGUGGUCGCAAAUCGAGCUGGCAUUGGUUUCUGGGAUCUGAGGAUAAAGACAAGGAGAAGAAAAAAGACGGAGAUUCCAAAAAGACUAAGACAAAGAUCGCCGACAAAGUGCAUGAUACCACAAAUGUUCCUCCAGUUUCCACCGAAAGCAACCAACGGCGUGAGAGCGCUGUCUUUGAUCGGCACGAUGCGAAACUCGAAGAGGAACGCAAGAAAGACAAUGUUCGAAGAUCGUCAGCUGAAACGAAAAAGGAGAAAGAGUCGGGCUUGUUCUCUUCGAUCUUCGGCGGUGGCAGGAAGAAGAAUACUGAACAUCACCACAAGAAGAGCCUCUCAAGAACGUUGUCUCCAGAUCCUCCUGUCCGCAUACUUCAGCCGGAUGUCGAUUAUCCCUGGACUAGAUUUUCGAUACUGGAAGAGCGAGCCAUCUACAGAAUGGCUCAUAUCAAGCUUGCAAACCCUCGGCGUGCUCUAUAUUCUCAGGUCCUUCUCAGCAACUUUAUGUAUUCAUACCUCGCAAAAGUCCAGCAAAUGCAUCCGCACAUGAUGAUGCAGUCUUCACCGUCACAACGUCAGCAAAAGAGCCGGGGUCAAUCAGAUGAGUACUCACAGUACCAGAGGUACCAAGAGUCCCAGGAUCAACACUACGAUGACAGCUCAUACGAUGAUCCCCAAAUGUACGAUUACAGCGAGGGACAACAUAACCAUCAGCAGCGACCACAAACCAACAAACAUCAGACCUACGACAACAGUAAUGCAUACGGCCCGGGACACAAUCAAUAUGGGCAUAUGUCGUUUGGAGAUGAUGUGCAGCUGGACGACGAUGAGGAUGAUGAUAUGUGGUGA